CUAAAUCUAUUCAUCUGUCUCACCUUUCUCUUUGUCCCAUCCUUUCCGUUUCAUCAAUUUAAACCCAAUAUUAUCCUCAGGAAUAUGAUAGAAUGUUCUUUCUGACUUAUACUGGCAGUUGAACAAAUGUGCUGUUGACGUAUCAUGCUCGUGCUUUGAUCCAAAAAACUUUAUCUUACAAGUAUCGCACGUCUGUUCGACGGUAGACGCAAAUUCCAAACUAACGUCAGAUCUUUGUUUCUGUGCUGAUCUUCUACGGCAGUCAAACACAUCUCGGAUUCCAGACUUUUUGGCGAUAUCCAUAGCAGUUUGACCUUGAUUGUUUGUCAAUUUGGCAUCAGCCCCUUCCCUCAGCAGUAACGUAACACAUGUUCUAUGGCCACUUUUUGCCGCACACAUUAAAGCUGUCCAACCAAAUGGAUCUGUUGCAUCAAUAUUAACCUUAUUAUCCCUAAUAAACCUGCGUAGUCCAUCAACAUCCCCAUCUUGUGCCAUUUUAAGAAAUAGAUUUUCUUGCCUUGUAUUAGAACAUGGGCUUUUUAUACUCUUAAAAUCUACAUUUAUAGGCUUUCUAUUCACAUUUGCACCGACUUUUUUGGUUUUAGAAAUAUUUUUCACAGUACUUUCUACAUUGUCUCCCCUUUUACUACGCCUAGAGUCACGCUUUGAACAAGUCUCAAUACUUUCUUUAAGUAAACUUUCAUAAAAUUCUCUUGCUUCUGCUCCAGAAAAAUGCCCAUUUUCGUUUUGUAACUUUUGUGAAGUGUCACAUUUCCUGACCGCUGUAAAACUUUCCAAAUUAGCCGAAGCACGCUGAAAUUUCACAGAAGGGUACAUUAAUCCCUUACGUAUACUAUCCAAUUUAAAAAACCGUAAUCAUUGAACAAGAAGUAUUAAAUUUUACUCUUUUUUGUGGUGCAUAUGAAAAAUUAAUUCUUCAAAAAGCGGCCAUUUUGUUUACGAAAAAACGUACCGGAAGUAGUCGUCAGUUUCUGUUGUCGUAGAUGAUCGUUGACAAGUCGUGAACUCUCGUAAUGUUGCUUCCUGUUUAAUUACUGGGUAUACGAAAUAAUAUUUCAAGAUGCCUGGGGACACUUGGUAGGCUUAUUUUUCAUUAUUUUUCUUUCUUUUCAGUGUUAUUUUGGUUAUUUUAAACGUAGUUUAUGCUUUAGUAUAGAUAGUUAGUAUGUAGGGUAUUAUUUAAGUGGUGUAGCAGUGUUUUAGACAGCUUUGUUUUGGGCUUAUAAAAAAUUAGUUAAUUUGUCAAUAUUAUAUAUAUUUAACAGUUCAAAAUUAAUCUAUUGAUGUGUUUUAGGGUGACAGACUGUAAGUCUGUUGAAAAUCUCGGGAGUGAGAUUAUGGAAAGGUUGAAUGAAAAAAAUAGGUUGAAGAGAUCUGGUUCAAAUUAUUCCAAGGUAAAUUAUUGACCAGCACCACUACCAUCAUCCCAACACCAUAGCAUCAUCAAUACCAUCAUCAUGAUUACCACCACUAUUAUCAAUAUUGUCAUCACCACUGACAUUAAUUGCACUGUUGCUGCUAUCUUCAUGACUGCUGCCACCAUUAGUGAUUACUUCCAUUAUCAACAUGAUAAUCAUCAUCAUCACCACCAGCACCAACACUAUCAUCAGCAUCACCAAUAUUAUCACAAUCAUGAAUACUAUCAUCAUCAUCACCAAUAUCAUCAUCAUCACCAAUAUCAUCACCAAUACUAUCAUCAUCACCAAUAUUAUCAUCAUCACCAAUACUAUCACCAUCAUCAAUAUUAUCAUCAUCACCAAUACUAUCUUCAUUAUCAUCACCAAUAUUAUCAUCAUCACCAAUACUACCAUCAUUAUAAUCACCAAUACUAUCAUCAUCAUCAAUACUAUUAUCAUCAUCAUCAAUACUAUCACCACAUCACCAAUACUAUCAUCAUUAUCACCAAUACUAUCAUCAUCUGAUUAUCACCAUCUGAUUAUCACCAUCAAUCCAACCACCAUCAUAACUAAAAUCACCACUAUAGAUCAUCAUCAUUACCCCAACACUAACCUGGGUAGCUGGCAGGGUUUUUUCCGUUGCCCGCACCUCCCCAACCCUUAAAACCGCCAGCUAUGCAGGCUACCCCAACACUAUAUCAUCAUCAACACCAUCAUCAUAAUAAUGACCACUAGCACCAUUAGUACUUGCUACCAUUAUCACCAUGACCACUGACCAGAUAUAAUUGUCCUUCAAGGUGGACGGCCAAUGUCGUCUGAUGCUUAACAAUUACUCCAAAGAACUGCAGAGAUUAAAAAGUGAUUUAUCCAAGGCCUCUUCUUCCUAUCAUAUGUAUCCUUUCCAAUGUUUUAAAUUAUAAAAUAAGAGUCAAUUAUAAAAAUCAACAACUGUAAAUUACUGUACUUAACUACGACACAGAACAGACCGUGAAGCUGAGAGACGGCAGGAUAUGAUUGAUCAACUUGCCACAAAGUAAGUUUAAGACCUUUCUACACGCGUAAAAACGCUCAGGUUGAUGCAAUACUGAUGAAAACAGGAUUGAACAAUGUUUUGCUGCCCACAUUGUCCAUAGUUGUCAACAAUAUUGAACAAUAUUGUUACACCCGUUUCAGGCUCAACAACAUUGUUCAAUAUUGUUGACAAGUGUGAACAACGUGGGCAGCAAAAUAUUGUUCAGUCCUGUUGAGCAACGGGCUCGGCGUUUUUUGCCGUGUACAUGAUACAAUUGCUUAUGUAACAUUUUGAGUAAUUCCAUGCCAUUUCAACACAAAAAAACCUGAUUUGACACCCACCCUCUCCAAAUUUCUUUAUAUUUCGCAGGCAGUUAACAUUGUGUGGGAAUAGUUUAAGUUCAAAAUUUGAGCAUCGUAGCUGCAAUAGUUUUUGAGAUAUCGCAAUUCGAAAUAUGGCCCGAAAAGCAAAAAAGUGGGCGUGGCCAGUGCUAAAUUCACCAUUACCCUAUUUUACAUUUUGACCUGUAACUUCAUACACGUACAUGGUAUAUCCAUCAAAAUUUGCACAAAGAUGUAUUUGUAUGCGGAGAUUUCAAAUAUUGCACUUUCAUCUUUGUAUCUGCAACCAGUAAUGUGUUAUGGCACAACAAAAAGUUUAAUUAUGUGUUUCUGAAGACACGAAAUAUACGUCAUAUUUAUUGGAAAAAUGUUUAUGGAAGCCAUACAGACACAACAGUAAUUUUUAUUCCACAUCAUAUACACAUGUUAUUCUACUUUCAAGCAAAAUUUGGUGAUGGUUAGUUGCCUGCUUUAAAAAGUAGAGCCCUUUAAAGUUGUCGUAUUUUCUAAAUAACUUUAAUAGUACGUUUUGGGUGUUUGUUAAGAAUAAAAUACAUUCAUUGAGAAAUGAGACUGCCAAAUACUUUAAUGUUUCAUUCGAUCCUUCUUUAUUGAUGGUGCAUAUUUAAAAUUUGUUUUAAAAGUUUAAAAAUUACAUAUUUGUUAAUAGUACAUACGCAAAAAGAAUAUCAAUGUAUCAAAAGUAUGCAAUACAAAUUAUUUCUUAUCUACCCCUGCUCGUGAACCAAUUGUAGUUUCAGUGAACUCUUUUAUUGUAUGCUUGUAAGAUGAUGAAAAAUGGCUUGAUUUGAUUGAAGAAGUUGACAAUUAUCAAAGAAGUGCAAAAAUUAUUAAGGUUUAUGCACCCAAAGUGCAUCGCAAGAUCAUAUUUCUGGCCAGUAAGAGGACACUUGUUAGCGAUUGACCGAUAAUUGCGUCGUGUACUCGUGUCAGCCAUACGUUUCAACGGAAACUCUUAAACAUCUUUAUCGAGCUUUAGUCCAACCACACUUUGAUCACUGCUCGAUGAUUUGGGGUAACUGUGGCGAAUCUUUAAGAGGCAAUCUUCAGAAACUCCAAAACUGAGCUGCAAAAGUUAUUACAGGUGACUCAUAUGAAAUACGCUCCAUAGAUAUUUUAAAGAAACUAGAUUGGAAAACGUUAGGUGAAAGAAUGAUGGAGCAACAACUAAAAUAUGUAUCAAAAGCACUUACAUGCCAUUUUCACGAAAACAUUUCGGACAUGUUUAAACUAUAUAAUUCAGAUCGAUAUGAAUUAAAAAAUAACAAAAAUAAGUUGUUGUUGUUGAAGCCAAAAACGGAUUCAAUGAAACGAACUUUCGGUUAUGCUGCCGCUAAAGUUUGGAAUGAAAGAAAUAAAAUUUUUAUAUAAUUUUAUCUGGGUGGGGUUGGAGUGAAUAAUAAACUUUGAAUGUCUUUCUAAUAUUAUUCGGGUGGUUCGGGGAGGGUGGGUGCAUUAUACUGUCUGUAAGUACACGGCCUAGUGAAAAGUAACGACAACCUUGCUAAUAUUUUUUUUAGUUGAUUAGCUACCGUGUUACAAGAUGUUUUUAAUAAAAAAAUAAAUAAAAAAUUAUAAUCGGAAUUGGACCGAUUUUUGCUUAUCGGUAGACAAUCGGAAUCGGUAGAAUAAUUUGUAUUUUCCGAUUGUGUAAAACCGAUUGUUGAGAAAAUACGCACUUUAAAAAUCAUAUAUAUUGCGCGGUGAUACACGUUGAAUGCACUUUUUUAUGUGAAAACAACAACUGUUUAAUCUCUUGCGCGAACGGUAGCGUGUUGCUUAGUAGGUGUGGAGCAAACCGUUGCCGAGAGGAAAUGAUACGUGAAGCGUGUCAUUUAUGUACAGGUUUAACAAACUUUGGUUGCUACUAGUAACAUGUUACGUUGGAAAUUAUCAUUAAAAUCUCGAAAUGGAUUAUGACGUCAUAGAAAAUCAGAAUCGGGUAUAUUAUUGGAUGAAUAAUUGAUAAUAAUUGGUCAAUCACUAAUACUUGUUGGGUUUCGGAUGAGAACAUUGUUUCUGACAUUGGUGUUCCGAACAAUAGUCACUGGGAGGCAGUACAUACUACAAACUGCAGCUUAAAGACAAAGAAGUUUUACGCACUUCUCUAUAUAUACUGCAUCGAUUUUGAUCAUCAAAGGCAAUUUGAUACAAGAAAUAACACUUACUCUUGGAGAACAUAAUGUACUAUUAAAAAAGAAUGAUAGAAUCAAACAUUAAAGUAUUUGGCAGUCUCAUUUCUCAAUGAAUGUAUUUUAUUCUUAACAAACACCCAAAACGUACUAUUAAAGUUAUUUAGAAAAUACGACAACUUUAAAGGGCUCUACUUUUUAAAGCAGGCAACUAACCAUCACCAAAUUUUGCUUAAAAGUAGAAUAGCAUGUGGAUAUGAUGUGGAAUAAAAAUUACUGUUGUGUCUGUAUGGCUUCCAUAAAAAUUUUUCCAAUAAAGAUGAUGUAUAUUUGGUGUCUUCAGAAACACAUAAUUAGACUCUUCGCUGUGCCAUAACACAUUACUGGUUGCAGAUACAAAGAUGAAAGUGCAAUAUUUGAAAUCUCCACAUACAAAUACAUAUUUGUGCAAAUUUUGAUGGAUAUACCAUGUAUGGGUAUGAAGUUACAGGUCAAAAUGUAAAAUAGGGUAAUGAUGAAUUUAGCACUGGCCACGCCCACUUUUUUGCUUUUCGGGCCAUAUUUCGAAUUGCGAUAUCUCAAAAACUAUUGCAGCUACGAUGCUCAAAUUUUGAACUUAAACUAUUCCCACACAAUGUUAACUGCCUGCGAAAUAUAAAGAAAUUUGGAGAGGGUGGGUGUCAUGCCUGUGUUGAAAUGGCAUGGAAUUACUCUUUUCUGAUGGCCUGGCAUGUCACUAAUGAGCACAUUGAUCGUCCCUCUUGAGGUACAAAUAAACACACAAAAGAUCUUAAUAAUGCCACAGAAUAGGAAGUUAUACCAGAAGCGUAACUCGAGCAAAUAUUUGUCCGCGUUUUUACAAGCGAUUCGUCAUCAAUCACGCCAUCCUGGCUAGUACAACCGGCACUUUGUACCUACCAAAUCCUGAUAAAAACUUCCGGCUGUACUAGCCAGGAUGGCGUGGCCUGACGUGAGCGAGUUAAAAAUUUUCGUGGACGUCAAACAAUAAGGGAAACGACUAGAGUUACGCUUCUGGUAUAACUUCCUAUUCUGUGAUAAUGCCAACCGCCGAUCACAACAGUGCAUACGCUUACAUACGUCACAUACGUCAACUACAAAAUCACGACUACAAACUAAUGAUGGCUACAUCACAGAAUAGAUACCGGACCAGAAGUGUCACUCCUAUGUGUUUUGGCUGAAGGAAAACGUCCGAAAUUUUUUUGCGUGCUAUGACGCCAUCCUGGAGUGCACCCGGCACUUUGUACCUAUGUUUUCCUAUGUUUUCCGUGUGCACUCCAGGAUGGCGUCAUAUGAUGGCGUAUUUUCACGUCAGCACUCGUAAAAUUUCGGACAAAAUAUCGUCUGAGUGACACUUCUGGUCCUGUAUCUAUUCUGUGGCUACAUCAAGUAGUUACUACUACUUACAAGUCCAUUUACACAUGCACACAACACUUAUAUACAAUUAUUAUUUAUUCUGACGUAAUGAAAAUUACUACUGAUGUCAUUUACUACUGAUGACACAAUUCCUCUUCAUUUACAUUCAAUUGCAUACAUUGGAAUAAGAAUCACCUAUGACUUUAACCCUUUAAGUGGCAAUGCACCCAGAUGCGCCCUACUUUAUUAUUUUACUCUGUCUAAUGCCAGACGAUUUUACUCGUCAGGGGGAGAGUGUUGCCACUCAACGGGUUAAUAACCAUAUUGUGUGUACAGACCUUUAUUGUUACUAAAAUAAUGAAAAGUAGCUGACUGUUUGCCAUGGAUUCUAAAAAUUUGUUAUGACCACAUUGAUAUUUUUAGAGAGAGAAGAUUGAAAGCAGCAUUUGUUGAAGAGUCUGUCCAAACUGAUUAUGGCAGGUGAGUAUGGCCAAAGAUUCUGUGUUUCACCCUGCAGCAGACUUGUAGCAAUGCUGUUCCAACAACUUGUCAACAGGAUAUGUUCGCACUGCUUGUUCCCAGCUUGUUGACAACUUGCCACAAGGUUGUUUUAACAUGGCUUUUGAAAACGGAGUUCUGGCUUUUGAAAAUGUAGUUCUGGCAUUUGAAAACAGAGUUCUGGCAUUUGAAAACGGAGUUGUGGCUUUUGAAAACGGAGUUCUGGCAUUUGAAAACUGAGUUUUGGCAUUUGAAAACUGAGUUUUGGCAUUUGAAAACUGAGUUUUGGCAUUUGAAAACUGAGUUUUGGCAUUUGAAAACUGAGUUUUGGCAUUUGAAAAGGAAGUUCUUGAAAUUUUCUACCUUGCUUAAGCAUGCAUAAGACCUUCUGACCAAGGAUAUAUUGCAGUUAGCUUCAGGCACUUGCAGGUAGGCCGCUACCUAGGAUCUCAACAGACUUGUUACAAGUUGUUCCAACAACUUGUUAUCGUCCUGCAAUUCAACAACUUGUCAACAAGUUGUGAGUGACAACCUUGUAGUAAUUUGAUAAAAUAACAACAUUGCUGCAACUUUUUGACAAGCUUGCUACAAGUCUGUUGCGAACACAUCUUGUUGACAAGUUGUGAGAUUUUGCGUGUGUUGUUGUAGCCUUAUCAAUCCGCGGCUUUCUCCAUAGCUGAUUGUCUUCAGUCUUCUCUAUUCUACACCUGCUUUUUAUACCUGCCCACUUUUAUACCUGCCUGUAUUUUCUGUGAUCAGAGGUUCAUUAUUGGACACUGGUUCGUCACGUGGUUUCUCAUCGGAUCCAUGGUCUGCUGACGUCGAAUCUGAUAACACAAGAAAUAAAGGAGUCAAUGAACUUGUACAGCAACAACAUCAGAUCAUUGCAGGUAAAAUUCUCAUUUGAAGUUGCCAGCUUGAGAUAGCCGGCUUAUCUAGCAUGAGGUCAGACCGGGCACCAAAACAUUACAGUAGAGAGGUUAAGAUACCCCGGUUCCGAUUUACGGGUACUUUUACCCGUAAUUUCUACCCGUUUCCCCGCGGUAAACGAAGGUCUACACGUAAAAGACAAACGGGUACGGGUGUUUUCUGUUUACUAUAUGUGGGCCGUUUAAAUAGUAAAAAUUUUCAACAUCUUACCCAAAUAAAUAAUGCACAUAUGCUCGUCAAAGUUUUCAACAAUUUAUGCGUACCUCAACAGCGAAAGUUACCAUUCUCUGUUAGGUUUUCUCACGCCGGAAUAUCUUGGAUUUCGUAAGUUACAAGUCGUUCCCCGGUUUACGGGUACGGGUACGUGUAUAUCACCCGUACCCGUAAACCGGAACCGGGGUAUCUUAACCUCUCUAUUAUUCGGCUCACUCCCCAUUGGAGCUUUUCAGUGACCGAUUACAUCAAGUAUUACGGCUUACUUAUGUUACUUACACGCGUAAAAAUCAUCAUGUUGAUGCAAGUUGUUCACAACAGGAGCGAACAAUGUUGUGCUGCACCCCGUGAACAAUAUUGUUAACAAUGUUGUUGAACCAUCAACGUUGUUGCAACUUGUUGACAAUCAUGUUAACAACUUGCAACAGUACUGAUGGUUGAACAACUCGGAACAACUUGUUAACAAUAUUGUUCACGGGGUGCAGCACAACAUUGUUCGCUACUGUUUGAACAACCUGAUCAAUUUUUACCCGUGUACUUAGCCUAGACUAUUUAUCUUUACAACAAUUGUGAUAUUACUUUCUUAACUGUGUUUAUCCUAACCCACCCUGUCAACUUUCCCUGUGGGAGGAAACCGGAGCGCCCGGAGAAAACCCACGACUUUCGGCAGAGCGUUGACUGACUCUUUUCACAUGAGUCCAUAGCGAGAAUCCAACCCACGAUCUUAGAGGUGAAAGGCGCUUGCUCUGACGACUGCGACACCGACGCCAAACGUGUUUGCCUUGUUGAAAUCCUAAACCCUAAUUUGAUGGACUUUUUUCUUUCAGAACAAGACCGAGGUUUGGAGGCGUUAUCUGAAGCCAUCCAACGUCAAAAGUUGAUCGGAAACGUUAUCACUGAUGAGGUCGACACUCAGAACGGUAAAAACGUUAAUCAAUGUCAUACCCCCAUCUCGACCCCUUGCUUGUAAGUCAGAAAUAUUUUAAGUAAGUAAGUAAGUAAGUAAGUAAGUGGGGUGUGCUAAUGAUCCUUACUUGCAGCUGAGAGCUAAGCUGAAGUACGAAGGAUGCAGCUCAACCUGAUCGAGACGAAGACUUACUAAGGGUGACUCUGGCAGCCACCUUAUGACUCAUGUCUGAUCACGGAACACAGCUACGGUGCAAGGGUCAGUUAGGGGGCUAAUCCCAACCCACCCUCUCAACAUUCCCUGUGUGAGGAAACUGGAGCACCCGGAGAAAACCAACGACUUUCAGUAGAGCGUUGACCGACUCCUUUCACAUAAGUCUCAUGGGUCCGUAGCGAGAAUCGAACCCACGAUGUCAGAGGUGAAAAGCGCUUCCUCAGACGAUUGCGAUUUUACCCCGAGUUGGAGGCACUGUUGUAACAUAUAACGAUCUUGCAUUUUCGAAAAAUUACAACUUUUGGAGAGGACGGAACAUUCACGCGUGAGCUCACCAAUAAUGAUUUUCUGACGUUAUUUAGAAAUUAUCGAUGAUCUUCACAGCAGUGUUGAAAAUACAAAUAGAAGAUUAAUACGAGAAGAUGCGCAUGUCCGGAAAGUCACUGCGAAAUCUUCAAAUUGUGGUAAGUUCCCCUGCAUACGACGUGACGUGGUCGUAUCCAUGGUCAAAUAUUUUUGCUUGACAAGUUUUAUUGAGUUCUAACCAUGGCUGGAUUUUGAGGGGAGGUGUGGGGAGGUGCACACCUCCCCAGAUAUCGUUUUGCACCAACACCGCGGAAAAACGUCUGCGCAUGCACCAAAUUAUGAAAAUAUGGCGGGGAAUUUGAAUAUCAAUUUCUAAAACAAAAACAUGCUUAUUAAUUGGUUAAAAAUCGGUAAAACAAACGAGAAAAUAUAGCAAAUGGGUAGACUAGACAUUAAUUGAAAGCGUCCUGGCAUUUAAAGUAUGGAAUGAAAUAUAAUUCAUGUAAAAAAUUGUUGAUUUUAACGGACACGACUUCGAAAAUUUUUGCAAAAUUAUUCAAAACAAAAAUUCAAACUUAAAAGUUAAGAAAACUCUCGAAAAGUUAAGCUUCUUAACCCACUCAAAUUGUAGAAUAAAUCCUAAAGUUUAAUUAUUGUGAACACGAAAAUUUUUUAUAUUUAGCGACACAGUUUUUUUUAAAGAAAUGUAUCUCAAACGAAAAUUCGGAAAUUGUCGUUCCUUAGUUGAUAAACAAAAUGUUUCAGACGAUAAAUUUGUCAACAAUCACCUUUAGUUCAUGUUCUUGUGUACAUUCACAAUUUCUUGAACCUUCUGGCUGUAUUUAUUCCUAGUUUUUAGAAUGACAUGUUUAUUUUUGCGCUCGAAAUCUGGCCGUAAAGACGCACAAUGAAGUCACUCCUUUUUACCGCCAUUUUGAGCCUUCAGCUUCUCAUCAAGUUCGCAAUACUAUUACAGGUAAGGUUGACGCAUGCGCAGACGUUUUUCCGCGGUGUUUUUUGCACCUCCCUUGAGAAUUUUUGCACCUCCCCUAAAAAGUUAUGCACCUCCCCUUGGGAAAGUUUCAAAGAUGGAUCAAAGUGAAAAUUUGACAUUUUUUGGUUGCUUAGGGUCUACAAAGUUUUUUCUGUAAAAUUGAAACAGUGAUAGCCAUUCAUUUCUGUGUCAAGUACCCUUUUAAUGCAAUGUUUUGAAAGAAACUUUGUAGUAAUUGUAAUGAAGGGCAAACUUGGAUGGGUUGUACAGUCAUAAUUCAUUAAUACACUGAUACAUAUGUACACUACAUGCAUACGUCACGUUGACUCUGUCCCGUUCUACAGUAAGCCCUAACUUUCCAUGGGGGUCGUGAGCUAGACCGCUGCACCUCCCCUAAAUUUUUCUCCACCUCCCCCACCAUUUCCACCAAAAUCCGGCCUUGGUUCUAACUGAAUGAACUUUUGUUCUCUUCUAAGCAAUGAUGGUGAUAAUUGUACUUCUGAUAAUUGUGAUCGUCGUGGUUGCCGCUGUUCCCAAGCCGAAAUGAAUUUAUUUAUUGGAAAAAACCCAACACGCUUGCUUUCAUUGUCGACGAACUAAGGUAAUUCAUCACAUAGAAUACCCUUUAAUUGACAGAGUUUCCAGCCAAUUGACAACGUCCGAUAACUCAUGUACAUGCAUGUAGACUACAGUACUUUUUGUAGGGUUUUUUUAAGAAAGCAUAAAUAGAACAAAACUAAGCAUUAGAUUAUCUACACGCGUGAAUAACUCGUAGACGUCUUACUAAUGCUGAGUUACCUUUGUUCUAUUCAACACUUUCGCAUUAAACUGGUACACGGGGCGAAACUACCGGGGGUGUGGAGGGUGUGUGACACCACCAAUCUCUAUCUCGUUGGGUAUAUAUUCAUACAAUUUCCGUCGGGCAAAUUUUGAAAAUAUUUGAGUGGCUCGGAUUGAAAAGUCAUAGGUUGUACGAAAAAAAUUAUUUACGAAAAUAUUACUGAAAAAAAUUUUACAAAUGGUGGUACAUUAUUUCGAACCUUAGUGAAAAAAUACCCUGUCAACAAUUUUGGGAAAAGAAAUAUUAAUUAGCGACUGAGAUUUUCGUCCGUCGUGCAUGACUUCGGCCACGCCCUUUUGGUCGGGCAACCCCCCCCCCCUCCCCAAACCGUAAUACGGACGUUUCGCCCCUGAACUUGUAUAAUAGUAGCUAGGCAUGUAAGUUAUCCAUUUGGCACUAAGAUGGAAAAUAUAAUUUGAGCGAGGAAAAUUUUGUAAUUAGAUAGUUAGAUAAUGUAUGUUAAACGAUGUUCUCCAAGUAAUGUCCACAUUGAGCAAGCAGAAACUGCCAUGGUAAGAUUUGCAUUUAACUUCAUGAAACAUAAUCGCUAUUCGGGAAUGUCUGUAUAGAAGAACGAUUCUUAUGAAAUUCCAAUAAUUACUGAUCGUAGGCCAACCCCAUUGAUCUCACAAGUGGGCCUGGAUGGAUCAACCUUUUAUAUUCGAGGAAUUAAUUUUGAAGCGAGAAUAUUUGUAAUGAGGAGAGAUUUUUAUUAUAAUAACCAACUUUUCUCCAGGCAAUACUCUUGUAUUCCUACCAAACACCAGCAACGUGAAGAACCUAUUCUAAUAUGUCAGCAACAUUGCAGUAAAUUUUCGUUGCUCACAACAAUACGACCGCCAUUGGCUUCAUCUAUCCAGUCCUAUAUUUUCGGAUCAGUGGGCCAACCAUUGUAAUAAAUAUCAAUUCAACAUUGAGCUCUAUAUUUAUCUGGAGUGAGAACUCGAGUCCCAAAAGUGAAGCCAGCUUCGUGUCAACCGCGCAGACAAAAACAAUAGAAAAGGACUGGAAUGGACCUUUAACCUUAUAACUAAAAUUUUGAUCUAGACAAAAAUUUCAUCACAGCUUGAAAGAGCAUCACAAAAUUAGUAAUAUUCCUACGUUUCGUUACGAAAUCUUGUAAAAUGCGGAUAAUAUAGCCUUGCGAAGUUUGCCGUUUUUCAGUAAUUUUGUAUUACAAACGGGAAAUUGACAGCCCAAUCGGGUGUUGGGGUAUCAAUUUCCCGUUUGUAAUACAAAAUUACUGAAAAUUGCAAAUUUCGCAAGGCUAUAUUAUCCGCAUUUUACAACAUUUCGCAACGAAACUUCGGAAUAUUACUAAUUUUGUGAUGCUCUUUCAAGCUGUGAUGAGAUUUUUGUCUAGAUCAAAAUUUUAGUUAUAAGGUUAAAGUCCAUUGACGUCCAGCAGCUCCUUCAAUUUCCGCCAUCUUGGCAAGGAGUGUGCCGAAAUUUCGUAUUUUGACCUCGAUUUAAAGAAUAACACUAUGGUUUUAUGAACUGAUAACUUGGUUAGCGAUACGGUCCGUUAGAAAACACUGGAAUUAGCUGGAGGGAAAUGGUAUAAAAGCUGUUGGACGACCUUCAGAGCUAUUGGACGUCAAUGACCGCCAUCUUGGCUCAAGUUCUUGCUCCAGAUAUAUAAUUAUAUGGAGUUCACUACUGCAAUUCAAUUGUAAUUAUGAUAAAACAACACAAUAAAUACAAAUAUUCAAUAUAAUGAAUUCAACAUUUUUGAUACAAAAAAUAGCCAUGCUCAAUUAUGGUCCGGUUUGUACCAGAGAAUGCCAGGUAUACAAAAUGUACUGUAUAAACUGUUACUCACCAACAGACCUACUAUAUAUUAUAUUCACAUUACUGGUCUGUCUCAGGCCCGUUUCAGACGUCGAACUUUUCGUGUGCCGAAUGCAUUAAAGACAAUAGAUAAUGCUCAAGGUAGUUCAGAUGAUUAUCUAUUGUUUUUAAAAGGAGAUUUUUUUGUAUGUUACGUAACACGCGCUCAAAUUGCUAAUGCGUAUAAUAUACCACUUGAGGUUAUGACUAAAUUUUUCAAUACGUUUCACAAUCGGCAAACAAACUUAAAAAGUAUGUUUAGUGCUUUAUCUGUAAAAUAAUGCUAAAAUGAAGAGAUUUUAGAUGAUACGCCAAAGAGAAAAUGAUGUCUGAAGUUCACUAAGUUUUGCAUAUAUGCAGGCUGUAAAUAUGGCGUCAAUUUUAAAGCAUCAUUGAUAAUUGUAUUUUAAUUGACAAUUUUUGACUAUUAUUUUAUGUUUCUCAACCGGCAGAUGCAUUUAUAAAGGUAGCUAACUCUAUAAACUAGAGAACAAAGCUAAAACAAAAUAAUUUUGAGAGGAACGCCAAAAAUAUUUUAGGUUUUGAACACUUUUCAUUGCAAACACGUGACAUUGAAAAAAAUUGCCUCUUAAUGCAUUCGGUCACGUGAAAAGUUCGCCGUCUGAAGCGGACCUCACUCUAGUUUAGGAAAAAAUCUAAACUAUUUCUACUUCAAAUAUUAUACGUUAUAAAUAUCUCUUUAAAUAACAACGUGGUUGCUUUUUACAUUUGUGGCGUAGUGUUGUCAUAGACCGUUUGAGUGCCAAACAGAUUUUGUGUACUUUUGCGCGUAAUAUUUGCGCACAAAAGCUUCAGCUGACAGAAACGUCGCUUGUUUAGGGAGCGGUCAUUAUUUAUGAUGGGGGGUGGCAUCGAAGAGAAUUUUUUUCUUGGUCAAAUUUUGCGGAUCCAACCAUAGAAAAGUGGGGGGAAAUUUUUACCCAACCUCAAAUAUCAAUUAAAAAACAAAUAACCACCCCUGGCCAAAAACGUUACAAAAGGAUACCAUUCAGUUGUCACAAAUGUCCUUUACCACUCCUGUGACACGAGUUUGAUAACUGUUUGUGUAAUUUUCUGCAGUGUAAAGUUUCGUGUUGUCUGCACAUGUACUUUUUUUGGAGACAAAAUUUGCCUCCUGACAAAUCGGAAAAUGAUCAAGAUAGUGACUCUGAUUGAUUUACAUAUUGUAUUACCAUAUGAUUGUUGACAUUGCUUUUUAGUCAUGCUUUGGAAAUGACAAUAAUUUUUUAUUAUCAAACCCUUGAGUUGUUUUGUUUUUCAUUUACCCAACCUUUUACUCACUCAAAAUUUUGUUUACCCAACCCUUUUCUCUUCGCCCCCCCCCCCAUAAAUAAUGACCGCUCCCUUGAGCUUGCUAAUGUCUAAAACUCACUGACAGAACGCCUUCUUCUACGCUUCAACUGACACCAAACGCUAUGACCUGUUUCUUCAACCAAACUCAAGUAUCUCUAGGCGUUCUCCUCGACGUUUGUACUAAGGCAUGUCCCCUUUUUCUGUCGUCUUUGAAAUUUCGCCACUCUCCUUGCAAUAUUUUCCGACCAUUGUGUCACAACAGUCCGCUGACUAACAACGAUUCCCUUUUGGAUUUCGUGGAUAUCGUUAAACCCGACAAUCAGGUAGCGCCUGCUCAGCCUGAAUUUAGGGCAGCUGCAUUUGACGUCACGUGUUCGUACCCAGACCGCUUUCUUGCCCUCGCGCAAUCGAGUCUCCCCAGUCCACUUGAAGACUUGUUCUAUCUCAACUGUGAAUUUCAUCCAGCCUCUGACAUGGGUCCUGGUGAGGAUUUUUACUCGGAUACC